AUGGCUAGUUCUAAGAAAAUAUUGAUGCUCCAUGGCAUGGCGCAAGAUGGUGAGUACUUCAAAGCGAAGACUAAGCGCGUCAGAAAUCUUCUAGAACCCUUUGGCUAUGAGUUUUUCUACCCGACAUCUCCGGUACUUACGACUACUGUAGACAUACCGGACAAUAUCGGUGAGAACAAAAUAAAGACGAUGUCGGGAGUAUACACGUGGGUGCUCUAUGACUACCUUAAGAAAGAGCACUAUUUGCCGCAAGAGUCGGUAGAGUUUAUACGUGAAUAUGUGCUGAGGAAUGGGCCAUUUGAAGGUGUAAUUGGGUUCAGCCAAGGCGCCAGCUUUGGCGGAUAUCUGGUAACAGAUUUCAAUGGGAUUCUGGGUCUUACUGAGCAGCAGCAACCUCCUCUGAAAUUUUUUAUAAACUUUGCAGGAUUUAAGUUUUACCCAGAAAAGUACCAGGAACAGUACAGGAAAAAUCCCAUCCAGAUACCGUCGCUUCAUGUUCAGGGAGAUCUCGAUACGAUCACCGAGUCUGCGAGUGUGAGAGAUCUAUUCGAAUCCUGUGUGCAGGGGUCACGAACAUUUUUGAAACACGGCGGCGGGCAUAUUGUGCCCAGCUACAAUCGUUUCUUAGCGAAAGUUGUGGUUUGGUUGCAAGCAGUAAAUCCACAAGGUUCAUAG